UCACAACAAGCUAGGAAGCAGAAAACCAAAUUAUAUACUUCUUGUUUGGCUUGAGAGUCCACAUAUUAAUAAUUAAAACUGUCAAUAUCCUUUUAUUCAUGGAAUCUAUUAGACUGCCAAAAUCUUUUAGUUUCUCUUCACAUAAAAACCUUAGGGUAAUCUUACCACGGUUUAGAUCAAAGUCCUCAAAUUCAAGCCAAAGUUCUCCAAGAACUACUCCAAAAUCAUCACCAAAUAUAUCACGACGAAAUUCAUCAAGAGAAGACGAGUUUAAAGAAGUGUUCCGCCAUUUUGAUACCGAUAACGAUGGUAAAAUAUCGGCUUUCGAGCUAAGAGCAUAUUUUGGAUCAAUAGGAGAACAUAUGUCACAUGAAUAUGCUCAAGAAAUUAUAGACGAACUCGAUACUGACGGUGACGGUUCUAUAGAUUUUGAAGAUUUUAAGAAACUUUUGGUGCAAAAAGAAGGAAGUACUGAAGAGGAUGAAUCCUUAAAGUCAGCCUUUCAGAUGUAUGAACUUGAAAAAGGUUGUGGUCGGAUUACACCUAAAAGUUUGCAAAGAGUUUUGAGUCGUUUAGGAGAUCCAAAGUCUUAUGAUGAAUGUGUCACCAUGAUUCAAGUCUAUGACAUUGAUGGUAACGGGGAACUUGAUUAUCAAGAGUUUUGCCAAAUGAUGACGGCUUAAUUAAUUUAAGGCCGUAUACAUCGAUUGCCCAUUAAA